GUUGCACAGUGAAAGCGAGGCUUAAGGGAAACCGAUCUAAAGGCACAUUACAGAAGCAAAGACGAGGUUUUGUUGCGGUGACGUUUCUAAAAUGAGCAGUGGUUAAAGGUAGUGAUGGAGAGAUGACGCUUUCCAGCUAAUUGCAGAGUCAGAGGGGGGGCCGGUCAGUCCUCCUCAGUCCUCCUCGGUCUCUGCUGGAGGAGCCGAACUCUCUAACCCGCCUCAGAACCCGGAUUAAACCCGGAUUAACCAGCCCAACCUCUGCUGCUUCACCUCGUCCUCAUCAUCAUGAGUCUGAGCGCCAGCGACCUCACGGAGCUCAUGGAGCUGUGGGAGGAGCUAAACCUGACCGCCGCCGACCACUCCAACCUGUCCCACGUGGAGACGCUGCUGUGCUCCGGCGCCGCCGUCAGCCACGCCGCCUUCCUCCACGUCCUCUCUGUCCUCUACGUCUUCAUCUUCCUGGUAGGCCUCGCCGCCAAUGCCCCGGUGGUGUGGGUCAACCUGCGCUCCGACAACCGGAACCGCUACGAGACGCACCUGUACAUCCUGAACCUGGCGGUGGCCGACCUGUGCGUGGUGGGCACGCUGCCGGUGUGGGUGAGCUCGCUGCUGCAGGGCGGGCGCUGGCCGUUCGGAGACGCCGUCUGUAAACUCACCCACCUGGUCUUCAGCGUCAACCUGUUCGGCAGCAUCUUCUUCCUCACCUGCAUGAGCGUGGACCGCUACCUGUCCGUCACGCUGUUCGCCAACGACCCCGGCGGCCGCGGGAAGAAGGUGGUGCGACGGCUGAUCUGCGUCCUGGUUUGGGUGCUGGCGCUGGCGGCGUCCGUUCCCGACACCUACUUCCUGCAGGCGGUCAAGUCGUCGCACCGCGACGGCGCCGUCUGUCGGCCGGUGUACCCGUCCGACAACCCUCGGGAGUGGAUGGCGGGCGUCCAACUGAGCUUCAUCGCGCUCGGCUUCGCCAUCCCUUUCCCCGUCAUCGCCGUCUUCUACCUGCUCCUGGCGGCGGCGAUCCCCCCCGGCUCGGACCGGGAGCGCCGCGUCAGCCGGCGGAUCGUCCUCACCUACAUCGUGGUGUUCCUGGUGUGCUGGCUACCGUUCCACGCCGUCCUCCUUCUGGACACGCUGUCGCUGCUCAACGUCCUGCCCUUCAGCUGCCGGCUGGAGAACUUCCUGGACGUGGCGCUGCACCUGACGCAGUGCUUCUCGCUGCUCCACUGCUGCAUCAACCCCGUCCUCUACGGCGUCCUGCACAGGAACUACCGCCUAGACCUCAUGAAGGCCUUCAUCUUCAAGUACUCCACCAAGACCGGGCUCGCCAGGCUCAUCGACGGCUCGCAGGCCUCCGAGACCGAUGGCUCGCUGGUGGCGACGGACAACGGCGUCCCCAUGGCAACGCUUCUGAAGACCUGAGAACUCUCCUUAAGACCUGAGAACUCUUCUGAAGACCUGAGAACUCUCCUCAAGACCUGAGAACUCUCCUCAAGACCUGAGAACUCUUCUGAAGACCUGAGAACUCUCCUCAAGACCUGAGAACUCUCCUCAAGACCUGAGAACUCUCCUCAAGACCUGAGAACUCUUCUGAAGACCUGAGAACUCUCCUCAAGACCUGAGAACUCUUCUGAAGACCUGAGGACUCUACUGAAGACCUGAGAACUCUCCUCAAGACCUGAGAACUCUUCUGAAGACCUGAGAACUCUUCUCAAGACCUGAGAACUCUACUGAAGACCUGAGAACUCUUCUGAAGACCUGAGAACUCUUCUGAAGACCUGAGGACUCUACUGAAGACCUGAGAACUCUCCUCAAGACCUGAGAACUCUCCUUAAGACCUGAGAACUCUUCUGAAGACCUGAGAACUCUCCUCAAGACCUGAGAACUCUUCUGAAGACCUGAGAACUCUCCUCAAGACCUGAGAACUCUCCUCAAGACCUGAGAACUCUCCUCAAGACCUGAGAACUCUCCUUAAGACCUGAGAACUCUUCUGAAGACCUGAGGACUCUUCUGAAGACCUGAGAACUCUACUGAAGACCUGAGAACUCUUCUGAAGACCUGAGAACUCUUCUGAAGACCUGAGGACUCUUCUGAAGACCUGAGAACUCUACUGAAGACCUGAGAACUCUUCUGAAGACCUGAGAACUCUUCUGAAGACCUGAGAACUCUUCUCAAGACCUGAGAACUCUACUGAAGACCUGAGAACUCUACUGAAGACCUGAGAACUCUACUGAAGACCUGAGAACUCU